UUUCUUAAAUUGAACAAUCGGUUUUUAAGAAAACAGUUAACCUUUUAUUUUGUUUACUCUAUUUUUAUAUUUAAAUCUAAUUAUUUUUAGAUCAAUUUUAGUUACAAUUAACUAUUAUUUUGUUAAAUUAACUCUUCAAUCAAUAUGAAUCUUAAUCUUAAUUCAAUCAUCCAAUUGGAAUCAAUUUGUGGUGAAUCAAUUCUAUGGGAUGUUAAUUCAACUUGGAAUUCAGAUUUUCCUAAAUUGUCUCGAUGUUUUCACACUACGAUUCUCAAUUGGUUACCAACUUGUUUCCUUUGGUUACUUUGCAUCUAUGAAAUUAGACGAACAAUUAAAAUACGGAGACAAUUGAUUCCUUGGAACUGGAUUAACACAUGCAGAUUAAUUUUAUCCACAUUAAAUAUCCUCAUAAAUGGUUUACAAUUAGUCAACAUAAUCUUCAGAUAUUUUAAUUCAUCUAAUCCAUCAGUUGCUGCUGAUUUUUACUCUUCCUCAACUAAUAUUAUCUCAUUUACAUUGGUCAGUCUCUUAUUCCAUUACCAUCGUUUGCGUGGUAUUCACACAAGUGCCAUCAUUUGGAUUUACUUUUUUCUACAAACAAUUUGUACUUUUCUAAUCGCUUAUUCGACUUGGGUCGAUUCUUCCGAAUACACUGGGACAGAGGUCAUUUUGAUGAAUAUCUUUUUCGUAUCAAAUCUCUUUCUACUUAUCAUAACUUCUUUUGCUGAUAAAGCAAAGCCAUCAACCGAUGAACAUGAAUUAAUCGUCGAGAAAGACAACAUAUCCAGUAAGAAGUAUAGUCCAGAAAACGAAGCAUCUUUUCUAAGUGUCGUUUUCUUCUGGUGGUUCAAUAAAAUGGCCAUUUUGGGCUGGAGAACAUCUUUGACUACUAAAGACUUGUGGGAACUUCGAGAUGAUUUGAAAACAGAAAAUCUCAUUGGAGCUUUUGAUACGAAACUGCAUCAACAGGUUGAAAAACAAAAAAGAUUAUUCAGAGUUAACGAUAAUACAAAUGUCUCAUCUCAACCCUUCAAGGUUAAAGUGAACAUAAUCCCGAUUCUAAUCAAAGUUUAUGGCAUAUACUUGAUGAGUGGAGCUUUUUUCAAAUUGGUUCAAGACGUACUUUCAUUCAUAAUCCCACAAUUAUUAAAGUUAUUAAUCUCAUUCAUAAAGAACCAAUCAAGUGAACCCAUUUGGCAUGGAUUCUUAAUUGCAUUCGCAAUGUUCAUCAUCUCAUUUGCUCAGACCGUUUUCGUGAAUCGUUAUUUUUAUAGCAUGUAUAUUCUUGGAAUGAGAGUAACUUCAACUUUAACUGCGGCAAUUUACAAGAAAUCGCUGAAUUUAAGCGACAAAGCUAACAAGGAAGUGACUUCGGGAGAAGUAGUGAAUCUAAUGUCCGUAGAUGCCAAGAGAUUUCUAGAUCUACUUCCGUAUCUUAACUUAAUCUGGUCGGCGCCUUUGCAAAUUCUUUUGUCUAUUUGGUUUCUUUAUAUCGAACUAGGAUAUUCUUCUUUGUUUGGUCUCGGUGUGAUGGUUCUGAUGAUGCCGAUCAAUGGAGCGACUGUUCAUUGGUGUCAAAAGUUUCAAGUAAAAUUCAUGGAGCAAAAAGAUGAAAGAGUAAAGUUCAUGAAUGAAAUUCUGAGCGGGAUAAAGAUUAUUAAGUUUUAUGCUUGGGAAAAUUCAUUUCUAAAGAUCGUCAAUGAGCUACGAAAGAAAGAGUUGGGUCACUUGAGAAGAUUGAGUUACUUGGAAAACUUCAGUGCGUUUUUGUGGCUCUGCUCUCCAAUGAUGGUAUCGGUGGCCACUUUUGCCGCAUAUGUAUUGAUUCAAAAAGAAUCAUUAACAGCAGAAAAAGCAUUCGUUUCUCUUUCGCUAUUCCAUCUACUCCAAUUUCCUUUAUCUAUGCUACCCGAACUUUUGUCGUAUUUCGUCAUGACUUCCAUAUCUAUAAGGAGAAUCAACAAAUUUCUUAGCUACGAAGAUCUUGAUCCUUAUGUAACAAGAAACAAUGAAGUUUAUGAGAUCUCAAUUGAAGAUGGUUACUUCAAAUGGAACAAGAAAAAACAAGAAGAUAACAAAAAUAGAGGAAAGAAAAACUUUUUUUCUCGAAUCAAAAAAGAUAAAUUGAGCACUAACCUCGAAUCUUUGGCAAAAGAAAUUCCGACAUUGCAAAAGAUCAACAUGAAAGUGAAACCUGGUUCAUUUGUAGCGAUUGUUGGUUCUGUUGGUAGUGGUAAAAGUUCAUUGUUAAGUGCGAUUCUCGGAGAGAUGGAGAAAAUAUCAGGACGAAUUAAUAUCAAUGGAAAAUAUUCAAUCGCUUAUGUCGCUCAACAAGCAUGGAUUCAAAAUACUUCAUUGAAAAACAACAUCUUAUUUGGUUCUCCAUUUGAUGAAAGUAAAUAUAAUCAGGUAAUUUCUGCCUGUGCAUUAGAACCUGAUAUCGCUUAUUUACCUGGAGGAGAUGAAACGGAAAUCGGCGAGAAAGGAAUUAACCUUUCAGGUGGACAAAAACAACGAGUUAGUCUUGCUCGAGCUUGUUACAGUGAUUCUAAUCUGUUCAUUUUAGAUGAUCCAUUAAGUGCUGUCGAUGCUCAUGUAGCUCAACAUAUUUUCAAAAAAGUUCUAAGUUCAAAGACUGGAAUCUUAAAGAAUAAAACUCGAGUUUUAGUGACCAACAAGUUGGAUCUUUUAUCCAAAGUCGAUAGUAUUUAUGUUCUAACUAAUGGUGUUAUUACCGAGAAUGGAACAUACAAACAAUUGAUGGAAGCUAAAGGAGAGUUUUGUGAUCUCGUUGAACAAUUUACUAAUCAAUCAGUUGAAAAUGACAGUGAACUGCAUGAAGAAUUAGGCAAAAGUAAAUCGGUCGAUAAAAAAGAUGAUUUUAAACUACCUGAGGAAAUUCAAGACGACAAGACGAAAUUGAUUGAAAAUGAAGAAUCAGAAACUGGCAAAGUCAAAUGGUCAGUUUACUUCGAAUACUUUGGAAUGGUUUCUAUUCUUUGGACAUUACUUAUCGUUUUGAGUCAUGGAAUUUCAAAUGGAUUCCAAUUAGGAUCAGAUAUUUGGUUGGCCAAAUGGUCAAGUGAUUCGACAACUCAAAAUGUUACUCUGUCCAGCACCGAAAUGAGACUUGGAGUUUACAGCUUUUUGGGACUAAUGAAAGGUGUUCUUACUCUUAUUGGGUCUUUUUCUCUUGUCAAUGGUACACUACGAGCAUCCAUUGGAUUUCAUCGAAAUCUUGCACAUAAAGUUUUUCGAUUGCCAAUGUCGUUUUUCGACACUAAUCCCAUCGGUAGAAUCGUUAAUAGAUUCUCAAAGGAUAUUGAUGUGAUAGAUACUGGGUUACCAAUGGUUUUGAACUAUUGGAUUUUGUGCCUUUUCGAAGUAAUUUCCGCUUGCAUCAUUAUUUGUAUCAAUACUCCUUUGUUCAUCAUUACUCUGGUUCCAAUCACAAUAAUUUAUAUUUUUAUCCAACGUGUUUAUGUCUCAUCAUCCCGUCAACUUAAGAGACUCGAAUCGGUCACUCGAUCGCCGAUUUAUUCACAUUUCGGAGAAACACUAAAUGGAGUCAGUACUAUUCGGGCUUUUAAUGUCUCCGAGAGAUUCAUUCAGGAAUCGGCUUAUAAAGUUGAUCACAACCUUUCGUGUCUCUUCCCCAGUAUUGUAGCGAAUCGAUGGUUGAGUAUCAGACUAGAACUAUGUGGAAAUCUUAUGAUUCUAUCAACUGCCAUUUUCGCAGUUCUUUCUCGAGGUUCUCUUGAUCCCGGUGCUGUUGGUCUCGCUGUUUCAUACGCUCUCAGUAUAACAGGCUCACUUAACUGGCUCGUUCGAAUGGCUUCUGAUUUGGAAACAAACAUUGUUGCUGUUGAACGUAUUAUGGAAUAUUGUAAAUUAAAAAGCGAAGCUGAUUGGUAUGAAGGUAAAGUUAUGCCACCUGAAGAUUGGCCAUCAAAAGGAUCAAUUAAAUUCGAUAAAUAUGAAACUCGAUAUCGAGAAGGAACCGAAUUGAUUUUGAAAGGAAUUUCAGGAGAAAUCAAAGGAUUGGAAAAGAUUGGAAUUGUUGGUCGAACUGGAGCUGGUAAAUCGACAGUUACUCUGUCAUUGUUUAGAUUAAUUGAAGGAUCAGGAGGAUCGAUUUCUAUUGAUGGUCUUAAUAUCAGCGAAUUACCUUUGCAUCCAUUGAGAUCUCGUCUUGCAAUUAUCCCUCAAGAUCCAGUCCUUUUUGGUGGAACCUUGAGAUUCAACUUGGAUCCAUUUGAUUGUUAUUCAGACAAUGAUAUUUGGGAUGCAUUGUCUCAUGCUCAUCUCAAACAAUUCGUUAAUAAUACUGGUCAAGGUCUUAAUUACCAAAUAGCUGAGGAAGGAAAAAAUCUUAGUGUUGGACAGAGACAAUUGUUGUGUUUAGCAAGAGCUUUACUUAAGAAACCAAAGAUUCUAUUCCUGGAUGAAGCAACUGCAGCGAUUGAUUUGGAAACCGAUUCAUUGAUUCAGAAAACAAUCAGAACAGAAUUUAAAGAUUGUACAAUAUUAACGAUCGCUCAUCGUUUGAAUACAAUAUUAGAUUCUGAUCGGGUGAUGGUCUUGGAUCAAGGUCAAAUCGCGGAAUUUGAUGAACCACAAGUUUUGUUAGAAAACAAACAAUCGAUAUUCUAUUCAUUAGCUAAAGAAGCUAAUCUUGUCUCUUGAUUAUUGGUUAAAUGAAUUUCGUUAAACAUUAGUCAUGUUGAAAUAAUGUUAAAUAAAUAGUUUUAGAAUAA